AUGGCCACGGGUUCUAUCCGGGAAGGCGUCUUUGCCAUCAACAAACCUUGCGGUCAGAGUUCAGCACAGAUAAUUCGCGAGUGCCAACAGGCCUUCAAUCCCUCGGAAUUCUUCAAGCCAUUGAUCGAGUCCGAGAUCGCAAAGCGCAUCAACGAAAACGACAAGCAGUCCGCCCGUCGCAAGGCUCUUAAGAAGGCUUCCCAAGUUAAGAUCGGCCAUGGAGGAACUCUCGAUCCUCUCGCUACUGGUGUUCUUAUCCUAGGCAUAGGAUCCGCUACCAAGGCACUGCCCCAGUUCCUCGAAUGCACCAAGACCUACGAGACUACCAUUGUGUUCGGCGCCGCUACUGAUAGUUAUGACCGAGUCGGUCGCGUUCUUACCAAGCGGCCCUAUGAGCACAUCACCCGCGAAAAGGUCGAGAAGGAGAUCGCUUCGUUCCAUGGCCGUCAGAUCCAGAUCCCACCUCUGUUCUCUGCGCUCAAGAUGAACGGAAAGCCUCUUUACGAGUAUGCGCGCGAAGGCAAGCCCAUUCCUCGACAAAUCGAAGGCAGAGAAGUUGAGGUUAAGGAUAUUGAACUGGUGGAGUGGUACGAGCCUGGAAAGCACAACCAUCGAUGGCCUACAGAAGAGGCCGAAGCUGCGGAGCGGAACCUGGCUGAGCAGGUCUGGAGGGUCAAGAAACAGCAGGAAACCAAUAAGCCGUUGAGUCCCGAGGAGAAGCAGCAGGACGACAAAGCGAUAGCGGCGCAUGAAUCGUUCAAGCGCAGUUUUGAAGAGCGACAGGAUUCCCUCAUUAAAGAUGCGCCUUCAAAGAAAUCGCGAAAGUCAAAAGAGCCACGCAUGAUGUCAGGCGCUCUGGGAAAUCUACCACAGCCGACCUACUCUAAUAAGGGGCAGAACUUGGUUCCCGAAGCACCCGACACGAGCACUCCACCUCCAUGGAGCGACCAAGGCCCUCCUGCUGUCAAAGUGCGACUGACAGUGACAUCUGGAUUUUACGUCAGAAGUUUCUGCCACGAUCUAGGCGCCAAACUUGACUCAGCUGGUCUCAUGGCAGAGCUCUCGCGAACACGCCAAAGUGAUUUCGAGAUUGGCGGAGAGAACUGCCUCGAAUAUGAGGACCUCGCCAAGGGUGAAGAUGUUUGGGGCCCCAAGGUCGCUGGAAUGCUUGAAAGGUGGAACAACGGCAAGGGAGCCGGCCCUCGUGGUCCCGCUGGCCCUUCAGAGAGGUCCCAGAGGAAGAACGACAACAGGAGCGGUUCUCCUUCACGAAAGCAGGACCAGCACCAAAACCACAACAAGGGCGAGAAGCGCCGACGAUCAAGCUCCCCGAAUGGGGCAGGAUCGCCGCAUAGGAAGGCGGUGGCCCUUGAAUCCAAGCAAGACUCCAAGCCCGUGAAGGAGCCUAAGGAGGAACCCAAGCCAGACGCCGGUAACCGUUCCGAUGAUGAGAAGUCAUGGAACGGCAUCGAAGAUUGA